UUUGAAUCCAAUUGCCAGGGAAUGUCGAGCCCAUCGACACCGCGUUCCAGCGCGUCGCGCCAGCAUAGCACGGCUCAUGACGGAGGUUCGCCCGACAUUUUAACGCCUGGAAGAAAGAUCAAAGCUUUACUUGCGGAGUUUGAUAGCGAUUCAGCUUCUGAGAAUGAGGGCAUUGCUAGCAAUUCCCGAGAGAAGUUGGACCUCUUAUCGCUAGAGAAAAGCCCCAGUGCAAAGAAGAAUUCGAUCAAUGUCAGAAAUUGGGCCGAGGAGGAAGAUGAAGAUGAAGAUGAAGACGAUAUUCCGGUUGCGCCGAGAGGAAGAUUGGCUGCGAGAUUACAAGCAGCUCCAGGAUCCGGUGUAAUCCCAGUGGGGAGCCUUGUGAACGACAGUCCUAAGCGAGGAAAUGUCUCGGACAGUUCUCAGUCCUCCUCGGGAGAUAUCCGUCCUGCUGCACGGAGGAGUCGACCUUUGAGACGAAACUCCGAUAUCAUUCGAGAUGAUCAGUCAAAUCGCGCUUCGUCGCCACUAUUCGUGCCCCAGGACUCUCCCAUAAAGCGUAUUGGCAGCCUCGUGCAUGAGACCAGUGGCUCCGAAAGCGAGGUUGUCAAACCGUACCAUCAGUCCCGUCUACAGGCCCUUGUUGCCCAAAAGCGAAAGGAAAGGGAGGAAAAAGAGCGGCUGGAAGCGGAGAAACAAGCUGAGCGGAUGCAAAGACUCGCAGAUGCAAGAGUGCAAUUCACAUCCGACCUGGAAGAUGCCGUAGAAGAUGAUGAUGACGACGAAUCGUCUCGCAGACUAACGCAGCAAUCGCGCCCUACGCGGAAGGCAAGCAAGAAGGCUCUGCUGGAAAUGAGCCGCGAAACACAACGGAUGAGCAGAAAUAUGCAACUGGCGCAUCAGGCGACUACAAAAAAGACGUUUCCAUUGAACAGUUUCAUCGAGCGAUUUAAUCAAAAGUGCAACGUUUAUCAAUCGUCCCCCAACCCUGAUUCGGCUUUAGAGUCGAGAAGUUCGGCGAUCGCAAGCUCCGUCAACCAUUCCGACAACGAUAAUGUCGAACAAGACAAGCAUUCUACUCCCCCCACAUCACCCUUGCCACAUGUGCAUGAAGGCAAAGAGGAUGCUAAAGCUGCUGAUCCAGUCGCUAUGUGUGCCGAAGAGGACAUGCCUGCAAGAAAUCCAGAGAGAGAAUUAUCUGUUGAACUUGAGGCCCUCGAUCCAGGGGUUACUGCUCCUAUUUCCAAAAACCGUGCUAGUAACCCCAAAGAAAAUAUCUCAUCAUCGUCUACAAAGCAACCCCCGAGUUCACGCCAGAUUCGGGUCCAGCUUUCGAGGCAAGAUGUCGCUGAAAAUCAGAAGAACGACUCUGAUUCGGAGCUCGAGAUAGUAACGUCGCCCGCAAAGGCGCGCAAGUUAGCUCUAUUUGAAAAUUUCUCCGCAAAAUCUUCUAUAUCGUCCGACUCGCUACGAAAACUGAAGCUAUUGGCGCGAUUAACCUCUCCCAAGAAGAAUAGAAUGUUGACCCGUGCCGAGCACGAGGAAUGGCUACUACGACAGGCAAGAAAACAAGCUGCUCAGGAAAGAGAGGAGAAAAUUGCUGCGCUGCGAGCAAAGGGCAUUGUCAUACAAACUGCAGAGGAGAAGGCACGUCUAGAGGACGACGUUGAAAACCUUAUGGAGAAAGCCAGGGAAGAGGCUGAAGAAAUCGCGCGCAAAGAAAAGGCCGCAAGAAAAAAGGAGGCUCACGCACAGGAUAUGGAGCUUGACGAUAGUGAGGAUGCCGAGUAUGAAGACGAUGAAGAAGAAGGCGAAGAGGAUUCAGAGGAUAAAAAUGACGAAGGGGAACUUGAGAGAGAAGAUGAGCUCGCCGAUGAAGAUGAGCUAGGGGAUGGAAAUCCGACACGAGAUGGGCGAUUAAUGGAUGAUCAGGCCACGGAAGCUGACGAAUCCGAGGGGGAGCCUUCACAAGAGGAGUCAGAAAAUGAAAAACCAAUGGAAAUAUCACGUCCUAAAAGACGACCGAAAUUCGUCGUUUCCGACGACGAAGACGAUGAUCAGCCCGCAGUUGUUACUCAGACGCCCAUGAAACCGGUGAUCCCAGGCCUUGAACAACAGAGAACUCCCCUUAUCCGGCUAUCCCAAGCAUUUGCUGCAACUCUCGCUGAUAACCGGGAAGAUGAUAAUGAGCAGGAUUCCCUUGCCGUCCUCCGCAAGAUACCAGAGUUUGACAUGCAAGUUGGGGAACUCCUCGAAGCAGAUUCCCAGGGAAUUAUCCACGAGAGUCAAGGACAAACCAGCGGAACACUUGAUCUCCUUGCAGAUUUUACUCAGAACGAUGUCCGUGUGGCUGAAUCCCCAGCUGCCAAGACAAUGAGCGAGUAUUCACAGAUCCCAGAGCCGAGCCAGGACGUUGGAUUUGUGAUGUCUCCCUUCGAUCAACAAAAACGCUUUUUAACUCAGCCUAAAUCGACUAUAGAUACUGUGCUUGUAUCUAAAGAUGAUUCUCCCAUUGCAAAAAUGGGAGGCAAGCGGUUAAGACGGGGUGCUUUGCAUCAAAUGUCAGAUGCAGAAGAUAGCUUUUUAGUCCGGCCCAGUGCAUUCGACAUCAUGCGCAAGGCGGCUCGGAAACCAGUGACACCCUUCGACAAAAAGGCAAGCAAGGCAAAAGAGGUCGUUGACGAAGCUGCCGAAGAGUCCGAGGAUGAAUAUGCAGGACUUGGUGGUGCAAGCGACGACGAUUCGGGUGAGGAGGACGAGCUGGAUUUAACUAUGAUCAACGAUAACAGUGGAGAAAUCGUGGAUGAGCAGGAACUGGCUGCUCUGAAUGCUGAUCAUGCCCGGCAAAGGGAUGAAGGAGACGUGAACAAGCUUCUUCGAGACAUUACCACUGGCGCCCUUCGUAGAAAACGCGGCAUGGGCGAUGAAUUAGACCUCUCGGAUUCUGACGAUGAGCGCAUCGCAGCUCGUCGCCGGGCUAAGCAACGAGAAUUUGCAAAAAUGCGGAAAGCCCUCCUUGCUGAUGAAAACAUCAACAAAAUUGCGGAAGACCCCAAGAAGCAAGCGUUUUUGAAAUCCAUUGAGGAUAGGGAUAUGGACGAUAUGUUUGAUUUCCUCCGUGAUGAAUACGGUGAAUCGAAUUCAGAUACGGGCGCAUUAAUCGGUGAAGGACUCGACGAUAGUCAGAGUAACAGUGAAGAGGGCAUGCAAGAUGGACGAAAACGCCCCUUGAAUGCUGCUGGACCUGAUUCGCUAAAUCGUCCACCGGCUAAACUCCGUCGUACAUCUAGAUCGGGAAAGAAAAAGCCGUCCACUCUAGCAGAAAUCCGCGCUCAGCUAUCCUCUCUUAUCGGCGAGUCAGGGUUGCACGAUGCGGUGGAAGUCAUACCAGAUAGUCAGCCCGAUAUACCUCUCGACGACGAAGUCAGUUUUACUAAUAAAGAAGACUCAUACGAUCGUCCCGAGGCUUUUCGAUCCACUAAUCCCCGCCGACGUGGCAGAGUAGUAGACCGCCUGUCUUUACGCAGAGCUGCAUCCUCCAAUGCUGCCCUGUCUGCGAUUGCCGGGCCUGGACCCGGAUCCGGAUCUGGGUCGUCUUCAUCGUCUAAAGUCGCCUUCCAUAGUUCGACCACAGUCCCUGAAUUCAAACGCCCGCCACCGUUGCUUCUCCGGCGCACUACAACAAAUUCGUCAAGUUCCUCUUCCUCCUCUUCGCGGCCCGGCGGCGCUGUCACGCCAGCUUCCAUUGCAGUAGUGAAAUCAGAUGGUUCUGGUGCUAGUGGAGCCACAGUUAGCAAGAAAGGCGCUGUCAACUAUUACGCAGCGGCAAGAGAAAAGGAACGAGAAUUUCAAUUAAAGAAGAACUUGAUUCGAGAGAGCGUCGCAAGUAAGAAAGCGAUGGAGGAUCAUAGGGCUAGGAGGGAAAAAGGACUGGUGGGAUUGCUGGGAGGUGCAAGCUGGGAAUAAUCGUGAUAUCUUUUUUUCUGUUUCUGUUUAGUUCUUGACGCGCGCAUGAAAUGACACUGGAGCCCACGAGAUGUAAUAAUCUCACGGUGACUUGCUUUGUGUUACCCUUUCCCACGCCGUGGUCAUUUUGCAAGAAUUUUUUAGAAUAGAUUAAUCAGGGCUGGACCCUGAUU